ACGAUACCACAUGAUUUGAAUUCUAAAUAAAGUUUUUGAUGAGUUUAAAUUGAAAAUGCAGAAAAUAGAGGGUGGAAGAAGAGAGUGAGAGAGAAAGAAGAAUGAGGAGAAACUGCAACUUCAGCCUUCAUAAGCUUCCACCCAAUUACAACGCUUCUUCUUCUUCCUCGUGGUCGACCAUUGCCAAUCAUCAUUUCUUGAGUUGCUCGGAUCCCAACCAGAUUAAAAUCUUCCGCAAUGAUGCAACUGAACUACAGGCAAUAUGUAUCCUUUUGUUGGCUAGAAGAGAAAGGGAGCAGAAGUGGAAAAAGCAUGAUAGAUCAUCAGCAUUUCUGCAACUCCAAGCUCAUGGUUCUAGGGGACUCUCAUUCAAGAAAUCUCUGCAGAAAUUUUUCCAGAAUAGGAAAGAGAGGAUGCAAGCAUCCAUUCCAUAUUAGUCAACUUAUUAAUUAUGGGAUUUAGUUGUGAGAUAAUUCCAAGUGUCCCUACUCAAUGUGUAGCCCAGGAACCCAAUAAUAACCGUACGUAGAGAUGUAAAUAUCAUUAUAUUAGUCGAGUGAUCAUUCUUAGUUUGUGGAUUGGUUGAAUUUGGUCAAUUUCGUGAUUGGGCUUGAAUUUCUCCUAAAUGGUUAUAUAGGAGAUUUGAGGCACACCUUGUAUCAAUUUAGAGGCUGCAGCAUGUUUGGCUAAGCUUGUUUUAUAAAUUAAGCUUAUAAAUAUAGUUUUUAAGAA